AUGCAGGUAAGUGAGAAUAAGUUAUUGGCCCAAUUACACAAUUCUUCUGGCCCAACACGACCUUCUAUCAAAAAGGUCAAUUUACCAAACUAUUAUGUUGUUCGGAUAGUUAGUGAAUUCUUUAUAUCAAUUACACCAAGUGCUAGUCAUAUUUGCACAUAUUUAUAUGAUAAACCAGAUACAACUUACCAGCCACAAGGCAAUACUUGGACUUAUCGGCUGCAAGAUCAUGCUGGUCUUUUAAAGGCACUGCGCACUGCCCAGCCUAAAGUUACAAUUGAUGGUCCUCCUCUCAGUGCUAUUGAGUGCUUAGAUAAGUUCAAUGUUAAGCAGCCUAGUGAUGUCAGUAUAGAACUAGUAUGUACUUUAAAGAGUCGACUGCCGGGUGUUCCUGAUCUAAUUCUUAAAGAGUUUCAGCGCGAGGGUUUAUUGGCUGUAGCUAGACGAAACUUUCGCAUACUUAUUGCUGAUGAAAUGGGGCUAGGUAAGACAGUUCAGGCAUUGGCGGCCAUUAAGACGUAUCAAGCCAACAAUCCCACGGAUAAUCGGUCCUUGCUAAUUAUUGCUGAAUCUUCACACUGCACUAUGUGGCGAGAUAUGGUCAAGAAGUACAUAACUGGCAAGUGCGGUGAGCUUAAGGACCUGCUAGUUCAGCCUAAAGGUGAAGGAAUGGUGGUAAUUGAAACUUAUACGAAAGCCCGCAUGUUAUUAGAAGAGGUUGAGAAAAGGAAGGAUCCAGUCAAUAUGGAUCUUCUUCAUCCUAGUAAGUUCUUUAUGGCGGUAGUAGAUGAAUCACAUCGGCUGAUGAAUCAGACAAGUAAGCGGUCAAUGGCCCUUGUUCCAUUUUUAACUAGUAUAGACCAUGUUAUUCUCUUAUCUGGCACACCAGCCCUUUCUCGGCCUAGUGAGUUGUACGCUCAAAUCAAAAUCAUUUGUCCAUCGCUUUAUCAAGAACACGAAUACCAUGAAAGGUAUUGUAAAUUAGAUGAGACGCACUUAAGUCGAAUGGAUCCCCGUUGGAAAAAGGCCAGGCGAUACACUGGCAGUAUUAAUUUGGAAGAGUUGCAUUACUUUAUCAAUCGCUUAGUGAUGAUUCGGCGGUUAAAGUCCGAUUGUAUCCAACUAGGCCAGAAGAAGCGCGUUGUGGUUAGUUUUAAGACUGAGCUAUCUACUAGACAAACAAAUAUUAAGAUAACUGGUGGUAAAGUCCAGCCGCCAGAGACUAUGUUGGCUUACAACCAGGCUGCUUCUGAAAAGAUUCCUGAUGUAAUUCGGUUUCUUACGGCUAUUCGCAAGCAAACUAACAAAAAGAUCAUUAUAUUUGCCCAUCAUAAAGAGAUGCUUUCGGCUAUUGAGCUGGUUUUUAGUCGUCGUUGCAUUAGAAUAGAUGGUGGUACUACUCAAGCUAUGCGUAAUUCUCUUUGUGAAGAGUUCAAAAGCAAGCCUGAAAUAGACACGGCUGUUCUUAGCAUUAAGACUUGUUCGACCGGAUUGACUUUAGUUUGUGCAAGUGUUGUCAUCUUUGCGGAACUGUCUUGGACGCCGGGAGAUCAUCUUCAGGCUGAAGACCGAGUGUAUCGUAUUGGACAAACAAGUAGUGUUAGCAUCUACUACCUUUUCGCUUCAUAUAUAGAUAGGAUGAUGUGGCCAAUUCUAGUUAAGAAGAUAAACAAUUUAGAGAAGCUUGGGUUUGCUAAUAAGAGCUCGAUUGAAUGUACCACUCUUCCUUAUGAUCCGGACCAGGCUACGCUAUUCAUGUAA